AUGAUUCUUCUGGACAGUACUCACUUCAAUGACAUACGCCAUGCUAUACGUUCACGUAGUGUGGCAUGGGACGCCCUCGCUAGAUCUGCAGAGAUAAGUGAACCCGAUGCAUCCAACGCCAAGUGGAUUGAAAGCAUGCUAGUCAAACAUGCCAAUGAACCUGGAUUCCAGAUAGAGUCAAAUUUCAAAAUUGAUGCGACGACAAUUGAUCCGUUAAUCCAUCUUUUACAAACCUCAACCAAUGCGGAUUCCAAAAAGGCUGUUCAAAAUCUCUUGGCCGAAAUGUUAUCAUCAUCAGACUACAACGAUCAAUUGAUUAGGUUUUUCGUUGAGAAUCCCGAUAGAGUGAAUGGAUUGUUUGAAGUCUCGCUGCAAGGUGACCGCCAAACCGUUUUAAUCUCGGCUUUCAACUUGGUUUCCUUACUCAUACAACCAACUUUACAAAAUGAAUCCUUAGUGGAACAACUGGUUAACAAUGACAAUUUCCUACAGAUCUUGACCGAUUUGGAUUUGAAGGACACCUGUUACGUCUGUGUCAGAUUACUACAAGAACUAGUGGCGUUACCAGUUUACAGACCAAUAGCUUGGCAGGCCCAGCAAAAAUAUUUACCGACAUUAUUUGCAGUUGUGGGUCAAGCAUUGAAUUCAAACAGUGCAACAAAGGUCGUGGCAACCAAUUCUAACAAUUUGGGGAUCCAACUACAGUACUACUCACUGCUGGUCAUAUGGUUAUUGACUUUUGAACCAAAAUUCGCCCAUGAAUUGACCGUACAGUAUUUACCAAGUUUUUUGAACUUGCUGAAGUUGGUCAAAGUGACCAUCAAAGAGAAAAUCUCAAGAUUAUGCAUCUCCAUAAUUCUACAAUGCGUUUCACCACAAGUCAAAAACCACAAACAUGUCAUUAGAAGUUUGUUGUUAUUGGGUAAUGCGUUGUCAGUGUUACAAUCAUUGAGCGAGAGAAAAUAUUCUGAUGAUGAGUUGAGAAACGAUAUGUCAACCUUAAAGGACAUUCUUGACCAGCAAUACCAGGAAUUGACGUCAUUCGACGAAUACUUGGCCGAACUUGACUCCAAGUUGUUGUGUUGGUCACCAUCGCAUGUCGAUAACGGAUUCUGGUCUGAAAACGUGGAUAAAUUCAGAUCGAACCACUGGAAAUUGUUCAAGCAAUUGAUCGACCUGUUAAUCGAAGCCAAGGAACAAGGAAUCAACGAUAAAAAGCAUAAAACCAUCCUUGAAGUCGCCCUGAGUGACAUCACGCACGUUGUUGAUCUACUACCCGAAAGUGUGGACGUAUUGGGUGAAUUGAAGGGUAAAGUUGUCAUUAUGGAGUUGCUGAACCAUCCUGACUCAAGAGUCAAGUACGAGGCUCUAAAGGCAACACAAGCUGUUAUCGGUUAUACUUUUAAAUAA